AUGUCAUCAAUGACAUCAAGUGAAAUUAUUGAGCCAGUGACUGUUUAUAUAAAAUCGGGGUAUUAUCCACUUAUUAACAAUACACUUAAAUUUAAUACAUGGACAUUCAAAAACAGUACAAUACCGCGCCCAAUCACCUUGACCAAAUACCCCAAUGAAGACCCACCAGUUAUUACAGGUGGCGUCAAAAUUCCGAUAUUAUCAUUUCGCGCGCUGAACUCGGAAACUGAUAAAGAACAAUACGAAAAAAUCCAAAGUUCAAAAAGGAAGUACAUUAAAGUGUGUGAUUUGGAUAAGUUGUAUAACCGAAUCGACUUAGGAAGUUUUGAAGCAGAUUCGAAUGCUGAGAUUUAUGUCGACGACAAGCGGUUUCGUGUGGCUCGGUACCCAAAUUAUGAGUACACAGACACAUCACAUCAAACUGAGAGAAUAUUCGUAUUACCACCAACUGACACCUCCGUUCAACUCACACCAAAUGUGACUGGAUAUUAUAUCCCAAGAAAAGAAGUUUUAUGUGGCAAUGAGACAACUUUUAAGCGUGAGCAGAGUGUGAACGGGAAGUACUAUUAUCUCUAUAAAAACGAUUCCAAUUACUGGACACUAUCAACACGCUUUGAUUGUGGUGUCCCGACACAGAGUGACGGGGCAUAUUUCACAGUCAGACGAACUGUGAUGGCGGGAGAAGUCAAAGCUGUUCAAGAGUCUGGAGCAAAGGGCAAUCCUGUCGUUCAGCCACCAAAUUAUAUAUACCGAGGAAAUAUGUGGACUGCUUAUGCACCAGACAAGAUGGGGAAAACUUUUUAUUAUGCGAACAUUAAAUUAGAUGAAUAUGCAAAAUAUGACUCUGUGUGGAUGAGAGGGUAUUGGCUCAUCUUUUCACAGGACCAAGCAGUCAAAGGUAAAAUUGAUAAGAACAAAAGAACAGUAACUAUUGAUAGAGCUUUGGGUGGGGGAGAUUAUGAAGGGAUGACAAGUGGAAUGCCUUUUUAUAUAUAUAACUUGAUAGAAGAAUUGGAUGAAGAGGGUGAAUACUAA